AUGGACCUGUCAGGAAGCCAGCUUCCCAAGAAUGAUCCUCGUUUGGAGAUCUACUCUGGCAUCAACUUACGUGAGGACAUCGAGACUAUCAAGGAGCAAAUGAAAAUCAAGAUCCCCAACAUGCAGGACAUCACGCAUGUGUACUACUGUGCAUAUUCAGUCGACGUCAUGGAGAUUCGUAAUAUCAACGUCACCAUGACUCGAAACGCUGUCAAGGCGGUUGAUGAGAUCUGCUCAAGUCUGAAAUUUCUGAGUUUGCAGACUGGCACCAACAGCUACGGAGUGGCUGUCUUCCAACAUCAGGACAAGAUUGAGAUACAUCCUCCAUUGAAAGAGUCUCAGCCGCGAAUUCCGUCUCCAUACGGAGAUGAAAUCUUCUACUACGGGCAAGUAGAUGCUAUCGAGGAGUUACAGAAGGGCAAGUCCUGGAGAUGGUGUGAAGUUCGCCCCGAUGCAAUCGUCGGCUUCGUUCCUGUUUCCUGGGUGGAGCGAUGGCCUGUCAUGGUCGAUUAUUUCGGGCUGCAGGGAACGCCUCCAGUUGAGGGAGCACAGACAACGUUUCCCGUCGAAAAGUGGUGGGAAGAACACCAAGAUGACUACAACAGGAUGUGUGCCGAGUAUGGCUUGAAGCACCGUGAUAUACCAGCUGCGUCUUGGAUAUUCACGAUGGGGCUCCGGGUCGAGGGAGUUAGUGUUGACCAAGAGGCUUGGUAUGACACAGACUCGCCGGUCAUCUUGCGGGGCACUCAGUACAAAGAUGAGAAGUACGAGUCUCGGGGACUCUUUUGGGUCAAGGUCCGCUGCGAUCGCCUGAGCCCGAGGGCAUACUGCUAUUUCAGCUUCUAUCCCAAAGACGAGACGACCCGGCUAGAGAACUCCAUCCUAGGCAGACCCAUCAAACCUCCCGCUAAGCAACUCAGUCUUGUGAAAGACUGGGUGCGCGAGUGUGAAGAUCACCACCAGAGUUGCCAUUCAGCCCCUGCUACUCUGCCCACACGAGUUGUAGAUGUUGGUGUCGAAGGAGUGGGGGAGCCUCGGCUCGUUGUGACGAGUGGAGAAGUCGGCCGAUACAUGACAUUAAGUCACUGUUGGGGCUUACAUCCUGUUAUUCGCACCACUAGCGAGACAAUCAAUGGCCACAUCAAGUCGCUGCCAAUGUCCAAGUUACCUCCGACGUUCAGAGACGCAGUCUUGAUAACGAGGUCACUUGGCGUUCAGUAUCUAUGGAUCGAGUCCCUCUGCAUCGUACAGGACUCAAAAGAGGACUGGGAACUCGAGAAAUUCGUGUGGGACUGGUACGAUAUGGUAUCGGCAUAUAGUAGAAGAGGCAUCACCAAGUCCUACGAUCGGCUACCAGCGCUUUCCGGUCUCGCCAAGGUGAUGGAGGAAUGCACCGGGCAGCGAUACCUUGCCGGGUUGUGGAAGUACCACCUGCAUUAUGGGUUGCUUUGGAGGAGAAGCGAGAAUUGGCUUGAAACCCCGUCAGAUGGCUUUCGCGCCCCAAGUUGGAGUUGGGCGUCUUUGGAAGGCGCUGUCAUGAUGCCCGAGAUCGGAAACAUUCUGCCCUCGGGAAACGAGAUGGAGGUGGUGGUGAGGAUUACUCAAGCAGAGACAACGCCACUCGGCUUGGACCCGAGGGGUAUGUUGAAAUCGGGAUAUCUGCAGCUAGAAGGAAAGCUCAGACUAGCCGAUCCAAGAGAAAACCCAGAAUCCCCGGGUUAUCAGAGGUUCUCGACCUAUCGGAAAGAGUUAGCAAUUGAUUUGCUCAAGGAGAAUGGGAUCAUGGUCGGAUUAGCAGUGUUCGACAAGGAUUACUGCGGAAGUAACAUCCCUCUCUACUACUUACAGGUGUCGAGAAGAGUCAAAGAGCCAAGCCGUUGGUACGGGCUCCUGCUAGAGGCAACAAGCCAGCCGCAAGAGUUCCGUCGUGUUGGCUUCUGCCGCACGGAAGAAUAUCCACUUCGAGACUGGUUCGCGCAUGUCGCUGAAGAGAUGAUCACGAUAGUUUGA